AUGAGUUUCAUCUCCAGUGACAUACUUUUGAACAAAAAAUACAAUGAGGAGGAUUGCCUUCUUGCGGUACGUGGUCAACGGAUCCCGAAAGCUCUUGGAGAAGAAAUCACUCAACUAUGUGUCGUGCGCGGAAUCCGGUACCACCCGGGUUUUGCCACGGAACUUCGCGGAUUAUUGCCCAAAUUUACUCGUGCUUUGAAUGCCAGGGACAUUAUGAGUGAUAAGAUCCCUGAGAUGAGCGACCCUGAUGAGUUCCCUUACUGCAUCUGGUACCCGGAGACCGCGAAGGAGGAAACCUACCGGGUUCUCGCCAGCCGCUAUCCGCAGAUGAAGUAUCUAGUUGGCCGAGCAUGUGCUGUAGCUAGUUAUGUGAACCUUUUCAAAGAAUUGGACCUCUUACCUGAAGCGCACAUUGCGGAAGAGGCACGCGAGAACCAACAGUGGGAGAUCUACGAAGCCAUCAUGGCGGCAGAUCUGCGCUACAAUGCUAUGGAUGACUACACGAGGACUGUAUUCCUUAAGCCAGUUCCAGGAUACCUAAAUGCGGACACUGCAGUACGGUCGUACCUGGAUGUCAAGUCCAAAUUUCGGAGGCCGCCUCGGACCCUCUACGACAGCGACACAGAUGAGGACGAAGAAGAUGACCGUAUUGAUGAGUUCACUUCCGAGCCACCACCCCAGCAAAACGACGACGUGAGUCACCUUCUGUACACGCCGCUGCCUACCGAUUUGCCGACGAUGAACAAGGAUCUUCUGAUCCUCAUGGCGGCAUAUUACCGUAAUAUCGAACGGUACGCCCGCCUGCGUCGUCCUAAUAACUGGGUCACUACUGAGGUAGAAUGUGUCGUACGCGGCAUCUACCACAACUCCAUGUUCGCCAAAUGGUGGUCCUUUCAACCGGGAGAAGCACCAAUUUCUAUUGAAAAAGCCAUCAAUGCACGCUUCAUCAUGAAUAACGACCUUUCUCGUAUCACGCCAGAGACCAAAUUCCUCCCAUACUGCAUAUGGUACCCUUCUUUCCCUCACGUCGCGACCUGCAAAGAGCUUCUUCGGCGCUUGCCGUCCAUGAAGCCGGCUGUGGCGAGAGUCUGCAUCCUGUGUGAUUACAGCGACUACUGGGACGAGCUUGAUGCUGACCCAGAUGUCAAUCUGAUGGAGGACGCUCGCGAAAGUCCCAGCCCAAAGUAUCUCCGUGAUCUGGAAGGAAGGAUUCCAGAGCGCGGUUGCCGAGACUUCAGACGCGAUUCGACGUAUUCAAUUGUGCCCCGGAAGUAUAUGUUCGAGCAUACUCCCACCCUUGUCUUUAAAAAAAUGCCCGAUAAACCAUACGCGGAAAUUCAGAUGGGGGUGCCCUACAAUGGGAGAGGUGCCAGUAUGGCUUACUAUGAGCUCUGUGUCUCGGUACUGGAUGAUGUGAAGAAGCUUGCCAUUGAAGAGCUCGGGGAAUCUAGUGGAUUCGACAUUGCCGAGUAUUAUGACUUUCUAGGAAUGAAGAGACAAUCCAAUCAAUCCUCUCUAUCUUAG